UAUAUUUUCUCGUUUGGCACGAAUUGCACCUGCACGAGCGGUUUACCUGAGAGUACCUGUCCGCGUCGCGAGUUAACAAGAAGGAAAUCACAAUUUUGUCGAAUUUCGUGAAAAAAUACACCUUUUGCUAACAAGUACUUUGAAUUAUUCUGGAACAAUCGACCGCGGUUUCUCUGCGAACGCAAUCGUUUUGCUUUUGGGGAUAAAAAAAUGUUUCUUGUUGCGCCGGUUGACAACAAUCGCUGGGCCUACACGAUGCACGGACUGGAGAAGCCUAUGGAUCAUGUGUCCGCUGGCAGCCUGAUGGCGGGUUCUGUGGCUACUUUGGCGGUCCUAUGGAUCUCCCUGCAGACGAUGGGGUUCCUCGGGAAUUCCCACACGAUCGUCGCUUACAAGUUACCGGUGUCCUUGCAGAACUACCUCGCCAGUUACACCGGUAUCCUUUCAGGUUUGCCGAUGACUAACUACCCUUACGAGAUCGUCGUAGACACGGGUCGUUUCCAUAAUCGGCGUUUGCUCCACAUUGACGAGGCAGUCUUGAACAACUCGAUCAGUUUCGCGCAAAGCCUGGUCGAUCGUAUGAGCACCCUCGAAAGGAAUAUCGCGAACGCUGGCGUUGAAGUGAAGGCUCACACGCCGGCUGGAAAACAAUUCCUCGAUUCUUAUCCUUCCGAGGAUGCUUUUGAGAGAGGCCUCGACGCCAUUGUGGCGAUGAAGGCUUCAUCUUAUCUCCUCCACCAGAGCUGUCGCAGGUUUGGUCUGGAUAAGGACGAAUGCGCUCGUUACAUAUCAACGUUAUCGCUUCAGGGUACACCGUUGGGCUCAGCCUGUUUGACGUUUCAGACCGCAGCCUGCAAUGCCAGGGCCAAGUACCGCACCAUCGACGGCAGUUGCAAUAACAUUGAAAAUCCAAGCUGGGGUAGUGCGAUGACCGCGUACAACAGAAUUCUCUUCCCCCAAUAUUUCGACGGGAUUCAAGAGCCGAGGCACAUGGGACAAGCGAAACAACCGCUACCGGGUGUCAGGACUGUGAGCGUGACUCUGUCGACUCCGAAAAAUCAGUGGGAUAUCAAAAGAACGCUGACGGUUGUGCAAUGGGGACAGUUCAUUUCUAAUGAUCUUUCUUUCACACCAGUACGCAAAAUGGUGUCAUCAGGAAAGCCAAUUUCGUGCUGUCGACCAGACGGAUACACAUUGUCUCCUCGACACGUCCAUCCUUACUGUUACCCAAUUACAGUAUCCGAUCAGGAUCCUGUUUAUGGCGAGCAUUAUGUUCGAUGCAUGAACUACGUGCGAUCGUUGCCUGUUCUCAGAUCUGACUGCACGUUUGGACCAUUAGAACAGAUGAAUCAGGCGAGUCACUUUCUGGAUGGCUCAAUGAUCUAUGGUUCUACCUUGACGAAAUCUCGUGAACUGCGCAUAUUCGAAGGAGGACGUUUACGAGUUCACAAUGACAAUGGUCAUGAAUUUUUGCCUGUUGGAGGCUUGGAAAUCUCGUUUGGGUGUGCAGAUAACUGUUACAAUUCUGGUGAUCCUCGCGUAAACACACAUCCGCAGUUAGCUGUGUUGCACACUGUCUGGCAUCGCGAGCAUAACCGAAUCGCUGACCAGCUUGGCGAACUGAAUCCCACCUGGUCAGAUGAGAAACUGUACCAAGAAGCUAGGCGAAUAGUAAUUGCUGAAAUUCAGCAUAUCAGUUACAAGGAGUGGUUGCCCUUACUGUUGGGCAAGAGGUUCACUCGGGCUGUUGGGCUCACCGUUGGAGAUACUUACAGUCGUAAUUAUAAUUCCGAGGAUGAUCCAGCAGUCAGUAACGAGGUCGCAACGGCUGCUCUGCGUUUUUUGACUUCUAUGAUGCAAGAAAAGCUACACUUGACAGACAACACGCGCCAAGUCAAUACGACGCUUUCUUUAGUAGAGAAUUUCUUCAAACCUAGUAUAAUCGAGUCGGAUGAAGUGUUUGAUGGAUUACUUCGUGGCAUGGCUACCCAGACCUGUCAGAAGAUGGACAUCCACAUAAUAGCAGAUGUAACCAGCAGAUUGUUCGCAAGUAAAGACGACAACAACAACCUUGGUUUAGAUGCUAUCAGUUUGGACAUUCAACGCGGCCGUGACCAUGGUUUACCAGGUUACAAUCACUACCGUAAAUUCUGCGGACUUCCGGCUGCGAAGAAUUUUGACGACUUCUUAGAUUACAUUCCACAGGAGAUGAUCAAGAAAUUGCGUACGCUUUACGCCCAUCCUAAUGAUGUAGACCUCAUUAUUGGCGGAAUGGCUGAAAGAUCAGCGGAUGACGGGCUAUUGGGACCAACUUUCCGCUGUUUGAUUUUUGAACAAUUUGCACGAACCCGUCGCACCGACAGAUACUUCUACGAUUCUGUAUUUCAGCCUUAUCCUUUCACAACAGAGCAAAUGGAAGAGAUACAGAACGUGACACUAGCGAGAAUAUUCUGCGACAACGGAAACGGCAUUACACACAUGCAGCCCAAUGUUUUCCUCAGGCCACAGCCAGGAAACGAGAUGACAUCCUGCACGGACUUCGAAGCCAUCCCCAGCGUGGACUUAUUCGCAUGGGCGGAAAGGGCGAAGGCGUAUCGUUGAACUUCCCCUUUUAAUUGGCUGGUCACAUUGCCGCAUCGAUUUGCCCGAGUCGCAGGAUGGGCAUGAUAGAAGAUACAGUGUGAGGAUAAAACCUCAUAAUCAGAUAACACUGGCGAUUGACUCGAAUCGAAUCGAGUCCUUAGGUUCGCUGUGAGAAAGAAAAGAAGUUCUCGCUGAUGCUGCGUCUACCUGCGUGGUGGACGACAAAUGGGCACGAUGAAGGGGAAUUCAAAGUAAAACAGUAAUGCAUUAGACGCGGAAUGAGAACGAUAAGGUGCAUCUACAAACGUGACUAGUCGAUUAAGCGAGCAUGCGAUGGGGCUAAGCGUGCGACACAUGCGUGUUAAUUAAAAAAAAAAAAGACAAACAAAUGUAGGGAAAAGAGCCCCAGAGAGACUCUUGUAUCCGGGGGAAAGUUUAAGAGUGGUAUAGAAACAUCGUAAGAGGGAAACUCGUUUAUCUUCGCGCAACAAUGAACAUGUGAGAAAAGCUAGAAUUCGUCGAUACGCUUUUAAUUGUACACUUCGUGUAUGUAUUUUAGAUGAGCAUUCAUAAAAUCAUGCUGCUGAAAGACCAUCAUUUAUCUAGUUUUUUGCUUUGCUGUUUGUUUAGUUCCUUGUUCCAGACAGCAUAGGCACUUACACAUUUUUAGCAUCUCUUUAUAAUUGAGGUUAUGUUCAUACAUUGCAGCUACAUGAUACUCUGAAUGGUCUAUAGAUAGAACAUAUAUGAUGAGUUUUUGUGUUUUGUAGCGUUAGGUUUAUUUUUUGUGUGAAUUAAUUGAGAUUAUUACUAAAACAACAAAACUUGUAGUUCCUAGAACAUUAUCUUAUAAACGCGGAAAAACACGACAUACAGAUGGUUAAAUGGAAUAAGCUCACAAGCAAAAUUUACCGUAGAAUGUGUCCUGAUUUUAUUAAGUGUUUCAUUCCACUUUCUUCUAAGCAAUUCGAAGCAAUGUUCGAAGAUGUGAAAGAAACGAUAAACGAGACAGUAAGAAUGAGUACAAAAGAUUAAAUUAAAACAGUAGAGAAUCUUAAUGAGCAAUAACUCCUGGAGAAAUAAUCGAUAUUGUAACAUCUCGGAGUGAUGCGUUGAAUGAAUAUUACUCGAUUAGCUUCUAGAAUGAUUAACUUUGAAUACGACAUAAUGGAUUGCGUGAGGAGAUGUAACUGCAUUAUAAGUAUGCAGAUUGAAAACUGUGUGGUUGUUUUUAUAAUUUUAAGAAAGCGUUACGAACAAUGAUGAUCAUAUUUUUGUAAUUGUGAUAUUGAAACCUUUGCUAUAAACACUGUGAACGCCAGUAAUAUCAUCCUGAGUAGUACACCGAAUUUGUUGAAUAUCGAUUGUUAAAGAAGGAUUACAUAGAUCUUAAUGUUCUCCAUCUUCCAUUCGAAAGCAGACAUUGAACUUGCCUGAUAGAAAAAGAAUUAUUUCUGUCUGUUGGUUUAGUCUCGAAGAAUGAUUUCAACAAAAUUUUUACUCAAUGUUGAAGUUAUUUCGCACGAUUACUGCUAAAAUAUGAAGUAUGACUGAUUAGUUUUUAAGGACAGAGUAACAUUGUUGAAUGUUUUCUACAUGAUUAGACUUAUUAUACUUAUGGCGUUCAAUACGAUCCAUAUUUUGCCAAAUCUGAUUGAAAAUGGGCUGAAUUGUAUUGCACGCUUAGGAAAUAAAAAAGAAAGUAAACAGAAAA